GUUUUAUUUAUUUGACAAUUUUGAUAUAAUCUGUGGUAUGUAUAAAUGUAAACACGCUUUUGAGUUUUUAUCGCGUUUCUUGUUUUAAAAUUAUUCAUAGAGCCAAAAUAUAAGAAUAAAACCGUUAGAGCCUAAUUAAAAGCAUUCAUUAGAGCACAUAUUCGAGUUAUUUUGCUAUCAGCGGAGUGUCCAAUAAUGUCAAUGUUUGGUUUAAUUGUUUCUGGAAGACCUGUUCAAACAGAAUUUCAGCGAAUAUUCGAAACACAGUUCGUAACAACGAUUGCUGAUGCCGAUAACAUAAAUCAUAUUGUUCUUUUCCUAACAGGAAGUAUUCCAUUUCCAGAGGGUUUAGCGGGGCAAGUGUAUUUUAGUUGGCCGAAUCCGCUUGCUCCCCCGAAUUGGCAAUUACUAGGCAGCAUUUCAAAUUCCAAACCAUCUGUAAUUUUUAAAGUAUCAAACAUUAAGAGAUUAGACGAAAUGGGUGACUAUUCUAAUAUGAUGUUUGGUCAAACUCAUAUAGUUCACAAUGCUCAAAUAGGGAUUAGUAUAGAGCCCAUUGCAAAUAUACAAGAUAUACCCUCUUCGGAAAGUACAGAAUUACAAGUGACCUUUGCCCAAAAGAUGCUGAAAAACUUUAUGGAUUAUGUGUUGUCGUUUUCUAUAACUCAGGCAAAUAUGGUUCCAGAUCCUACAUCGACCUACGUACCUCUGUCUACUGUUCAAAAUUGGUAUACAAACUUUGAACGAAGAUUGAUGCACCAUCCAAACUUUUGGAAAUCAUAAUUUGUCAAACAUGUACUCUGGAAAUUUAUAUUAUAUUUUAUUAAUUAAAUAUUAAUGUAUAAAAUGCAUGAUGCUCAUUUCUAUUUUAAUUUUUCAUUGUAAUUGUAAUAAUAAUACAACACAUGUGAAUAUAGGGUUGCCUAACCAUUUAAUUACAGAAUUUUUAAAAUACUAGGAUU